AUGGAUCAGCACCGAGACGAGUUGGGUAACACACCGUUGCACUUGGCACUGGAGCAGGAAGACGAGGAGUCGAUCGAGUCGCUGCUGAGAAGCGGGGCCGAUCCUAAUCUGGCCAACGCCGAUGGAUCGACGCCACUGCAUAUCAUUUGCAAGAGAGACAGCGACGAUGAUUUUUUGGAGACAUUCUUCCAAAUCAUCGAUGACGUCCAGCAGCAGGUGCGGAUCGACGCUCGGGAUAAGUCAGGGAACACACCGUUGCACUUGGCAACCGAGUCCGGCAACGCGAACUCGAUCGAAUCGCUGCUGAGGAAAGGUGCGGAUCCUAAUUCAGCCAAUGGGGAGGGAUCGACUCCGCUGCAUAUCGUUUGCGACAGAGCCGAAGACGACGAAUUGGCGGAGAUGUUUCUCGGGAUCUGCGACGAGGAACAUCGACCGGUGCGAGUCGAUGCACGGGACGAGUUGGGUAACACGCCGCUGCACUUGGCUCUGGCCCACGGCAACGAAAAACUGUCCGAGCUGCUGUUGAGACGAAACGCCGACCCGAAUCUGGCCAACGCCGAAGGAUCGACCUGUCUGCAUAUCGUUUGCAUGGGAGACGACGCCGACGACUCGGCGGAGAUGUUGUUCGAGAUCAGCGACGAAAUGAAUCAGCCGUUGCGCGUCGACGCGGAGGACAAUUUGGGACGAAGGCCGCUGCAGUGGGCCGCGGCGAGUCUCGAUCCGAGCGUGGUCGAUCUGCUCUUGGAUCACGGUGCCGAUCUCGAGAGCUUCGUUUUUCCCGGUAGCGAUUACUUCGGCAAGGGAUUCGACCCACUGAAUGAUUAUUCGGGUAAUUUCAAAUUGAUACUGGCUUCCGGCGCUCUGGUCGUCGUCGAGCGUCUCGAGAAAAGGGGGUACGAACUGGACAGGAGCGGCGCUUCGACGAUCGUGAAAUUCUUCGCCGAUCACGGAUUGUUCGGAAAAUCGACGAUCCUUCGUGAACCUUGGUACGACGAGGGGUUCACGACGGAAGCGAAAAAGAUUAUGGUACUUCCGAGUCUGUUUCUCCACGAUCUGAUCGAGUUACGUGCCGAAGAGGCAUCCAAACGACUCUCACAUCACGACUACUUCGAGUUCGCGUGCUCGAGAAAAUUGUCGAAGCUCCCCGAAGAAUUAGGAUCCUCUGUUCGGGACAGUUGUGUCGCGCAUCUGUGCGAGAAAAUGUCGAGUAAAUUUUUCCGGAGAUGGACGCUGGAUGCUUUCUCGGAACUGACCUCGGAUCGGCUGUCGAUCGAGGGCUGUCGCAUGAUUAUGAAGCAUUUAAAUAACGAAGAUUUAUGGCGCAUCAGCUUGGCGGCCGCAGCAGGAGUAAAAUCGUAA